UUUAAAUACUUCAGAAAUAUUGUGAGAUUUCUAUUCCUGAUAGGGAUGUAGUGUCGUAUCGUUGAAAGAAAAAGAGUAGCGAAGUGUCGGAAUGCCGCAAAUAUCAGGCGGUUGCUCCAGAGUGUCCAGAGGCCAAGGAAGUGGCAAGUGCCAGUUGCUCCGCAGCACUCGUUACGGUUGGUUACGGAACGCUUGGUGCUGUCUCUUCAAAGGAUCUUUCUUGGCCAUCUAACCUUUUAGUCAUUCUGAUCGUCUACAAAACUCGGAGAAGAUUAUUAAUUAGAAUUAAUUUUUACAUAGAAAACUGAGAAGUGUCUCACAAUAUACACUGUUCGAAAAAAAGACAAAUAAACGGGAAUAUACUGUAUGUUGAGAACGUAGGAAUGUAGUGAGUGUAUGUGAAUAGUGUCGUGUAUGGGCGUGUUUUUCAGUCCAGUAGUUUCGGUCUUUGAUUAUUCUCUGGCAACAUAUUGAAAAGAUUCCGGGGAGCAUGAUGUUACCGACGAUACGCGUCAUUAUAUUUUUGUUACUCAUUGUUGAUCUUCAUGCAACUAAUACCGUGACAUCAGCUAAGGAAGAAUGUAGGAAAAGAAUAGCUGAAUGCACAAUGAAUGGUGGUGGGAGCACACCUGUAUGUGGAAGUGACGGAAUUACAUAUUCCAAUCAAUGUCAGAUUAUUUCUAAACAAUGUCAAGGCGUAGCUAUUCUUAUCAAACAUACUGGGCCUUGUCCAGAAACACCAGCAUGCUUCUCAGCAAGACUAACAACCCGACUGGGCGCACGGCUUAUCUGUCAACACGAUGGAACAUAUGCACCGAUUCAAUGUCACAUAGAGACUGGGUAUUGUUGGUGUGUAACACCGCAAGGUCGGCCGUUACCCGAUACAUCAGUAAGACACCAAAAACCAAGAUGUUUGAGAUUCGACUCCAAAUCUCCUGCUUCUACUAGGAACGGUCUAACGCGCCAUUCGCCAAGAAAACAACGGCGGCAGUAUAAUAGCAACAGACAACGUAAUACUUGCGAUCGAACGGAAAAGUCCAAAUUCAAUGAAAAUCUCAUUGAAAAUUUCAAAAUUGAAUACAGGCGGAUUAAUAUAUCCAUUGACGGUGAUAAGAAUGUCGAAAGAGUGCUGUCAUGGAAAUUUGGAAUUCUGGACAAAGACGGAAAUGGUUACUUAGAUGCGACAGAGUACAAGGAGCUUAGAAGGCUCGCUAAAAAAGCAGUGAGACCGAAAAAGUGCGCACGAACAUUCGCUCGCACGUGCGACCUAAAUCGAGACUUAAAGCUAUCCAGGCAGGAAUGGGGUGCUUGCCUCGCGAAUGACUUUACUCUUUUGAAAAGUAGUCCAACUAUUCAUCCUCUGCCGACGUUUAACAGCAAUCUACCAGAUACUAAGGAAGAAGGUGACGCGAAUGAUUGCAUGUCAGAUAGAAGAUCAGUAUUGGAAGAUCAAAAGCAAAAUUCACAAGAAAAAUUUUACAUACCACAAUGUACGUCUGAUGGAAGGUAUCAUCGAGUUCAAUGCUAUUCCGGUUAUUGCUGGUGUGUAUAUCAGGAUUCGGGUAAGCCAAUUCCCGGAACAUCCUCGAAGAAUCGUACGCCAAAUUGUAACCCAGUCCCGACUCCCAGUAGACCUAUAAAAGGAUGUCCAGAGCUAAAGAAACAAUUAUUCCUUCGAGAUCUAAUGGACCUUAUGCAAGAAAAAAUGACAGCAUCCAACACUGAUUCUGACGAAACUACCGCUAAAUGGCAAGCUUCUAAGGAAGAAAGGAUAGCUACGUGGCAUUUUGUGAUGCUUGAUAAGAAUAAAAACAAGGUUUUAGAAAAGAAAGAAUGGAAAAGUUUUCGUACAAUGGUGGCAAAUAAUAGGCAGCUUCGGAGAUGUGGCAAAAAAUUACCGAGGUACUGUGACAUUAAUAAUGAUAGAAGAAUCAGCAUGACAGAAUGGCUCAGCUGUCUCAAUGCUCAGCAUCCAACAACAGCGUCAACUUUAAUCACGUGAUCUACUUUGACGCUAAAAAUAAGCGUCAAGCGUCAGCGUGAAAAGGCACCUUUACUCUUCCUUCAUGGUCUUCAACCCCGCGGCAAUACGUUCCGUCCAGAUAUUUCUUACGUCCAUGAGUAAGUAUAAGAUAUGUAAGUGUGUACACAGUGUGUAUUAACCAGG